CGGGGUCGUGCUGCUCUGGAAACUGCACUCUUCGUCUCAUCAGCCAUCACGGCCUCGGCCCCGGCGGUCGGCGCCACCGCGCAACUGUCUGUUAACCCACUCCAUACAGAGAACUCCUCUCAAACUUUUCCACCACUGCCACCGCGGCACUCAUGGCCUCAUGGGCGCGCCCGUCCUCGCGUUCGGAAGUGCGCGCGCAUGUUCGCAUGCCGACCGGUCCAAGCCAUGGCCUUCCAGCGCGGCUGCGCCCUGGGCGUGUUCGAGGAAAUGCCGCACCCGAGAACCUGCAGCCAAAGUCUAUGCAGGGCCAACGCGUUGGUCGGCGAUCACCGUCCCACCAUCCCGUCGUCUAGUGGGCUCAUCUUUGCCCACGGGUCUCCCCUGGCGCCUUGGCGGGUCACCCUCACUGGUCCGCAGCACACUGACACAGUGGUAAGGAGGAAGUGCUUAUUGCAGUCAUGCAACAGUUCAACUGUGUGGAGCCAUACCUGACUCAAGGGCUCCCAUAUUUCACGGCUGUGUGGACCUGCUUUGAGCUGCCAUGAGAAGGGCCUGUGCGUCUACUGAAGCUUGGAGGGAUCCUAUUGUUACUUGGUAAAGUUAGCUGGUUUUGGCCUGCUUUUGCUUUUGCUCCUGCCACUGCUGUGCUGCGGUAGGGAGAUGGCGGGGUUUGUUGGCACGGUAGUUGACGCAGCAAUAGGAUGGAUGGUGCAAAGCAUCCUCGGCAGCUUCUUCACUGGACAGAUGGAAGCAUGGACUCGUGAAGUCGGGCUUGAUGAAGAUGUGGAGAAGCUCAAGUUUGAGAUGAAGAACGUGGAAAUGGUUCUUGCUGCUGCCGAGGGAAGGAGGAUUGACAACAAGCCUCUCGCCCAGUCGCUGGAUGAUCUCAGUGAGCUGCUUUAUGACUCAGAGGAUGUGAUGGACGAGCUAGACUACUACCGGCUCCAGCAACAGAUCGAACAAGGAAAUGGUUCUAGUGUUCCUAGUGGUUUUAAUCCCGAAGGAAGCCACACGUCAUCAUCCACUCCAUCUUCUGCUUUUGAAUUCGUAUACAAUGCCACAAGACAAGUAACUAGUUGGGCAUCAUGCGAUAGAAAGAGGAAACGGGAAGAUGAGGGGCCAGCUCAUAGCACCUUGCUCACUAUUGAGGUUAAACAUGACAUUUCUAAGAGGAUCAAUAGAAUAGUGAAUCAUUUGUGCACUAUUGGCAAUGCUGUACAGAGAGUUCUUCAGCUUGUGAUCGCUCACCCCAUUACAACACCAAGUGAGAGUCGGAUUAUUGCUAGGAAUGCCCGCAUGACAACCUCUGUUCCAAUUGAAAGUAAGGUAUAUGGGAGAGAUGCAGAGAGAGACAUGAUAAUAGACAUGUUGAUAAACAAGGGAUGUAAUGAUCUGAAUGUGUUGCCAGUGGUUGGCAUUGGUGGUGUUGGGAAGACGACACUUGCUAGGUAUGUAUACUGUGAUCAAAGAACUACAGAUCAUUUCGAUUUGCAAAUGUGGGUUUGUGUAUCCACGGACUUCACUGAAAGAAGACUUACACUUGAGAUUUUAGAGCAUGUAUGUAAAGAUAGACAAGAGUAUGAAAAUAUAAGCAAUUUUAAUGUACUACAGGAGAUCCUUUUGAAGUACAUCAGAAACAAAAGAUUUCUACUUGUAUUAGAUGAUGUGUGGGAAGACAGGGACAAGAGUGGAUGGGAUGAACUGUUAGCCCCAUUGAGGCAUAGUCAAGUAAGUGGCUGCAUGAUUUUAGCAACAACUAGAAGAAAAUCAGUUGCAAAAUUGCUAGGAACAAUGAUUGAAGUUGAAUUGAAUGGUCUGGAUGAAAAGGACUUCUGGCUUUUAUUCAAGGCAUUUGCAUUUGGUAAUGAGAAGUACGAGGGUCAUCCUAGUUUGCAAUCUAUUGGCAAACAGAUUGCUAAAGCAUUAAAGGGCUGCCCACUAGCUGCACAAAGUGUUGGUGCACUUUUGAAUACAUGUGUUAGCUAUAAGCAUUGGAGGACAGUCCAAGACAAAUGGAAAUCUCUUCAAGAAGAUGCUGAUGACAUUUUGCCCAUCUUGAAGCUCAGUUAUGAUUACCUACCGGUCCACCUUCAGCGCUGUUUCUCAUUCUGCUCUUUGUUUCCAGAGGACUACCAAUUUAAUGGAGAAAAAUUGGUCUGUGCUUGGAUAUCACAGAAUUUUGUGCAGUGUGAAGACCCUACCAUGAGAUUGGAAGAAACAGGGCAGAAAUAUUUGGAUAGAUUAGUGGAUUUAGGUUUCUUCCAAAAGGUUGGCUUACGCUAUGUUAUGCAUGACCUAAUGCAUGAAUUGGCAGGUAAAGUUUCAUCACAUGAAUGUGCUACUAUACAUGGAUUGAAAGCUGAGGCAAUUCGACCAAGGGUUCGCCAUUUGUCAAUCAUAACUACUGCUUUUGAUAAAGACCGUGGCAGUUUUCCUACUGAGAUGUUUGAGAAAGUACUUCAGAAGAUUGGCCCUUUGCCAAAAUUGAGGACCUUGAUGUUAUUUGGGCGAAGCAGUAUGAGUUUAUUGGAGUCCUUGCGUACUUUAUGCAAGGAGGCAAAAUGUUUACGGCUCCUAAAUUGUUUUGUGACAGGUGCUGACAUCAGCUCUAUAAUCAGUUUGUUAAAUCCAUGCCAUGUUCGCUAUCUUGAAUGUGUUUGUGUUGCCAGCACACAAACAUGGUUAUACAGAGUCUACAAGUACAAUGUGUCUCCUCAAGCUUUGACAAGAUUUUAUCACCUUCAAGUAUUGGACGUGGGUGUUUCAGGCAAUUUUGUUGUGCCCACUGAUAUGCAUAAUCUUGUUAAUUUGCGCCAUCUUGUUUCUCAUGAGAAAGUGCAUCGUGCAAUAGCUUGUGUUGGCAAAAUGACCUCUCUCCAGGAACUAAGAUUCAAGGUUCAAAAUGUUGGCAGUUUUGGGACAAGACAACUUCAGUCUAUGAAUGUGCUUGUAGUACUUGAAAUUUCUCAACUUCAAAAUGUGAAGACUAAAGAAGAGGCGAGUGGGGCCAGGCUGUUAGAUAAAGAGCAUCUAGACAAGUUGUCCUUGUCAUGGGAGGAUAGCAGCAUGUCCCUUCAACCUGAAACAGCAAAAGAUGUGCUUGAAGGUCUUCAACCACACGAGAACCUCAAAACUCUAGAAAUAACUGGAUACGGUGGUGCUACCUCCCCAACCUGGCUUUCCGGUAACUUUUCAGUUAUCUCACUGCAGAUACUUCAUUUAGAGAAGUGCAAGGAAUGGCGAAUUCUUCCAACUCUUGAAAUGCCUUUCCUUAGGAAGCUGGCAUUGAUCAGGAUGUUAAAUGUAAUGGUAGUCGCAGUUCCUUCCUUGGAAGAGUUGAUCUUGACCGAUAUGCCAAAAUUGGAAAAAUGUGUUGGUUCUUAUGGAAUGGAAUUGACUUCCCAUCUAAAGGUUUUGAUUAUCAAGAACUGCCCUCAACUGAAUGAGUGCACUCAUUUCCAGAGUUACUCUUCUUUCGACGCUGAGCAGAAAUCGUGGUUUCCGUCACUCAACAAACUCUCCAUCGAGCAUUGUCCUCAAAUAAUCAAGUGGGAAAUGUUUCCACUAAGAGAAAUGGCGGCCCUCAAGGAGUUGGAGCUGAUGGGCCUACAUGAUGUGAGAGAGUUGGCAGUCCCUUCUCUGGAGAAGUUAGUGUUGAUUCAAAUGCCAAACCUGGAAAUUUGUGGCAGUCUAACAGAUUCUCCAUCUUUGCAAUUUUUACCUUCUCAAGGAGAUCAAAAGAGAUGGCUAUGUAGUAUCCGUAGACUCACCAUCCAUGAUUGCCCUUGUUUGAUAGUGUCACAUCCUCUUCCGUCUUCUGAGUUGUCCAUCAUGGGAGUUCCGGCACUUCCAAAAAUGAGUAUAAAACAGAGAAAGUUCAGUAUCGAAUCUAAUGAGUUGAGUGUGUUGGAUGACCGUUUCUUGGCAUUCAGUAACCUUAGGGGCAUAACAUCGUUGCACAUAAGAAAGUGUCCAAAUCUGGUAUCUCUUUCAAGUGAAGUUUUCAGCCAGCUCAGUGCCUUAGAGAAUUUAAGUAUAUACGACUGCCCAAAUCUGGCCAAGUCAAACAUUAUGUCAGGAGUUGUUGUGGAAAAUAGUAGGUCUGUAAGAAGCCUUCUGCUACCAUCUCUCAAAUUGUUCGUCAUGGACAGAUGCGGCUUAACAGGGAGCUGGCUAACACAAAUGCUUUCACAAACGCAGUCCCUUGAGGUGUUGGAAUUAACUGCAUGUCCAGCGAUAAAGUAUCUAUCAAUCAGUGAACUUUCAGAAACCGAAGGGACCAGCAGUUUGGUUUCAGGAGUGAUGACGUCAUCCCAAGAUGAACAUCAAUUGAAGCUGCCAUAUAAUCUCCUGUGUUCUCUCAAGAGGUUAUGGAUUCAGCGCAGCCUGGAUCUGGAGUUCGUUGGGGGUAACAAACACUUCGCGGGACUUACCUCCCUUACAGAGCUAGUCCUUCAAGAUUGCCCCAAGCUGGUCUCAUCGCUGGUGGGUCACAUGGGCGAAAGGAAAGAUGAUGGUAACAUGGAUGUUGGAUUACUCCCGCCAUCACUUGAAGGCCUGUCGAUAAGUUCUUUCCAAGAAAAUUAUCAGUCCUUCACUCCCGAGGGACUUCUCUGCCUCAAAAGGUUAAGUCUCGCGAACAGCCCUUGUUUGAAGUAUGUACAGCUGCAUUCCUGUACAGCCCUAGAGGAGCUGCGAAUCUGGGGGUGUGUCCAGCUGGCUGCACUGGAGGGCUUGCGAUUCCUCACCUCCCUUCGAAUUUUGCAUAUGGAGAUGAAUCCGGAUCUGUCUUGUACAUGGGAGCUCAAACUGCAGGAGCAAGAGAAUGAUGGAAGUCAAAUUCAGCUUCUCCCUCCCUCUCUUAAAGAACUUAGGAUCUGGAUGCUCACAGAUAGGGUCCAGUCUGGUCUCCUAAGCUGCCUCCCCAACAUCACCAGGUUAAUGAUAUCACGAAGUCCAGAACUGACGUCUCUACAGCUGAGAUGCUGCACAACACUUCAAGACUUGGAAAUUAGAAACUGUGAGUUUCUUGCUUCGGUUGAGGGCUUCCAGCUCAUUAGAAGCCUGACAUCCUUGAGACUAUCUUACUCCCCCAGCCAACCUUCCUGUUUGGAGCUCGUGUCUCACCAGCAUGGGGCUUGUGAAAUCUGGUCUAGACUGAGAAUUCUUGAGGCUAGUGACGCGUCUGUACUUUCUAUGCCCUUCUGCAAACAGCUCACAUCUCUAACGCACCUACAGUUCACAUCUUGGGAUAGUGAACCGAAAGACAGCAUGGUGAGCCUAACAGAGGAACAAGAGAGAGCACUGCAGCUUCUAACCUCCCUGCAAGACCUUACAUAUUGGAAACACCCGAAACUCUUAUCGCUUCCUGCAAACCUACAUAACUUGACCUCCCUCGAGAGCUUAUCCAUCACUCAUUGUAGCAGCAUCACAAGGCUUCCAGACAUGGGCCUCCCACCUUCGCUCAGACACCUUCAGUUAUCCUGUUGCAGUGAGGAGCUAGGUUCACAAUGCAGAAUGGCAGCAACGGAGAAGCUAAAGGUCAGGAUUAAUAGUGAGCGAGUGAAUCCAUCAGCGAUGCACAUAUUGCUGAGGUUUGCCACCACUGGCACAAUCGUGCCAGUGAGGGAGAACAGUUCUUACAAGAAGCCUGAUCACAGCUCUAGCAGUACUGUCUUUAUUAGAUGCUUUGAUUCAGCUCUUGGGGAGGAUCAGAUCAGAAGUUCACUUCUGCAACAUUUUAGCUCAGGUGGAGAGAUCACAAGAGUUUCAAGUCCGAAGGACUAUGAAACUGGUGCAAGCAAAGGGGAAGAAGACCACUUUCGGGAUGCUACUUCACCGUUCGUUUUUCUAACUAACGUUGUCCAAAUCAUGCUAUAUGCGUAUAUACACUAUAAGUUUGAAAUCUAUAAAAAGCAAUCCAUGCAUACCACCGCUCCUACACACCAGCCUAAUUGGCACUUGUCAACCAAACAACGAAGGGGGCGAGUGAGAGAGAAAGAGAGAGUAUUCAUGGAUCUCGUAACAGGGGCCAUGGGCUCCCUUCUCCCCAAGCUUGGCAAACUCCUUAAUGAGUACAAGUUGCAGAAGGGCGUCAAGGAAGACAUCAAGUCUCUGGAGAAAGAGAUGAAGAUCAUGCGUGCUGCUCUUCACAAGGUGGCAGAGGUGCCACGGGACCAACUUGAGGAGGGCAUCAAGAUCUGGGCAGGGGAGCUCAGGGAGCUGUCCUACAACAUGGAAGACGUUGUAGACAAGUUCCUGGUGCAUGUCAAUGGCGAGAGCUCUGACCCCAACUCCAACAAGAUCAAACAGCUUGGGGAUAAUAUUAUUGGCUUGUUCACCAACUGGAAAUCUUGUCAUCAGAUCGCCAACGAGAUCAAGGACAUCAAGAACCAAGUCAAUUAUGUGGCCAAACAACAUAAGAGGUACAGGGUCAGUGGUAUUGUUGCUGCUAAUGUAGCUGCUACAACAACAACUUUUGAUCCUCGUCUACCUGCUUUGUACAACAAUGUAUCUGACCUUGUUGGCAUCAAUGAGCCAAGAGAUGAGUUAAUCAAGAGGUUAACAAACAAAAAUGACCAAAUAGAGAUAGUCUCUAUUGUUGGAUUUGGAGGCUUGGGCAAAACUACUUUGGCUAAAGCUGUAUAUGACAGUCUCAAACCACAAUUUGAUUGCACGGCCUUUGUUUCCGUGUCGCAGACUCCUGAUAUGGUAGGGAUUUUCAGGAAGAUGCUACAUCAGCUUGAUAAGAAAAACUAUGCCCACAUCAAUGAAGCAUCGCGCGAUGCAACAGAGCUCAUUGAUGAACUCAGAAUGUUCCUCCGAAACAAGAGGUACCUCAUUGUUAUUGAUGAUAUAUGGAACCUACAAUCAUGGAUAGAAAUCAAACAUGCUUUGAAUGAGAAUAGUUGUGCAAGCAGAAUAAUCACAACAACUCGUGACCUUGAUAUUGCUACAAAUGUUGGUGGUUCUUUUAAGAUAAAUCCCCUUAAUCUAAAGAGCUCAAAAACCUUAUUUUGUGGAAGAAUAUUUGGUUCUGAGGAUAAAUUACCUCGACAUUUGGGUGAAGCGUCCACAAAGAUAUUGGAUAAAUGUGGUGGUGUACCACUAGCUAUCAUUACCAUCGCUAGUGUAUUGAAUGUACCUAGUAAAAUCCAAAACCAAGCAGUGUGGGAUAAGGUGUGUGCCUAUAUUGGUUCUGGACUUGAACAUAGUCCUCAUGUGAAGACCAUGCGGAUAAUAUUGUCCCUAAGCUAUUACCACUUACCCUAUCAUCUGAGAACUUGCCUAUUGUAUCUAAGUAUAUAUCCAGAAGAUCAUGAGAUCCAUAGAGAUGACUUGAUAUGGAAAUGGAUAGCCGAAGGUUUCAUCCAACAUAAAAAUUCAGAUGAUAGCUUAUUUGAGGUUGGACGCAGUUACUUUACUGAGCUGAUAAAUAGUGGCAUGAUCCUGCCGUGCAUAGAUUUUAAAGGUGAUGUAACACAUUGCCGUCUGCAUGAUAUGGUGCUUGGCCUAAUCUGUUCAUUGUCUAGUGAAGAAAACUUUGUUACUAUAUUGAAUCACAGCGGUGGUUGCGGCAUAUCUUCACCCGUCAAUGUUCGCAGGCUGUCAAUCCAAAAUAGAAAUGAAGAUGAUCAAAGGAAGCCACUUGCUUUCAUGAGUAAAUCACAAGUGAGGUCUGUUACUACCUUUCCACCUGCUAUUAAUCAAAUGAUGUCACUGUCGAGAUUUGAUGUUUUACGUGUAUUGGAUCUAAAUGGAUGUCAUCUGGGGAAAAGCAAAAACCUUAACCUCGAGGAUGUUGUGAAUUUAUUUCACUUAAGGUACCUUGGUCUUGCCGGUACAAAUAUUUGCCAGCUCCCAGCUGGAAUAGGAAAUCUGCUAUUUUUGCAGGUGUUGGAUGUAAGAUACAAUUCCAACCUAAAAGAAUUACCAUCCAGUAUCUGCAAGCUGAGAAGAUUGAUGUGUCUACUUGUUAAUGGUUACCGCACGAGCCUCCCUGAUGGGCUGGGAAAUCUUACAUCCAUGGAAGUGUUGAAAAAGAUCUGUGCCACCCUAAACAUUGUGAAAGAGUUGCGCAAGCUAUCAAUGCUAAGGGAGCUCAAAGUUAAGUUUGAGCGUAAUGCAAGCCUAGAGUAUGGGGAAGCUUUUCUUGAGUCUUUACGUCACCUGAAAAAUAUCCAAAGUGUAAUUAUUCGUGGGUAUUUCCCUUCCAUGGAUCUCCUGGAGAAAAGUUGGCUGCCACCUCAGCAGCUCCGCGCAUUUGAGUCGGUCAGGUGCGGAGCAUUCUCUGGGGUGCCGGAGUGGAUAAAGAGGGAUCCACUGUGUCUCUCGGACCUCGCCGAGUUGGUAAUUGGCUUCGUGGAACUACGAGAGGAGGACCUACUGAUCCUUGGGAGGUUGCCAGUUCUUCGUCGUCUCUGGUUGUGGAGUGCCAAGCAAACGCCGAAGGUGCUGUCCAUUGGCGCUGAUGGUUUCCACUAUCUAACAAGCUUCACACUAUACUGUGAAUCACCCAGGCAGAUAGUGUUUCAGCGAGGCGCUUUUCCAAAGGUUGAGGGGGUUCUCUUUAACUUCAAUGUCAAGAAGGAAAAAGAUGAUGGCAAUGGCGAUUUCUACUUCGGCCUGCUGAACCUCUUAUCCCUUGGGCAGGUCACUGUGGGAAUUGAUCGUCAUGGUGUCACACUUGCAGACGUGAAGGAUGCAGUGGUUGCAUUGAGGCAGACAGUUAAUGUCCAUCCCCUUCAUCCUGUCAUCACCUUUGAUAUUAGGCCGCUUAUACAACAAGAGGAGGCACAGAGGGCAAGUGAAAUGAAUCCAGAGUUUUUCUUUGAUGAAGAACUGAUUAGAGAGCAAAGGAAGCUCCCGGGGAAAUUUCGUAAAUUCCGUGCAGAAACUACCUAGUCAGAUUCAAUCUCCACAAUUUAAAUUCAGGGAACAUUAUCCCAAUUAAAAUGAAGCGGCAAUGAUGAAUCAACAUGUACACUAGAUUUCACAUAGAGUUUUAUUUUCGUUUGGAAAGCUUCACAUAAAGGGUACAUGCAAAAUUGUUGACCCUGCUGAGAUCCAUCAAGGAAACUUCUGAUUGCAAUAUGCCGCUUUCAGUUUGCACCUCUUGUUAUCUGCAUUUUCCUGUUAAGUGUUGUUUCUUCAUACGCAUGUAUGUACACGUUCGUUUAUCAAUUCAGUGCCCUCUGUGUAAGG